AUGAGCAGGUUACUGUUUCUCUCUGUCCUGCUGUUAUCUGUGGACUGGAGCAGAGGAGCAGUUAUCACUGGGGCAUGUGACAGAGAUGCGCAGUGUGGUUUUGGAAUGUGCUGUGCAGUUAGCCUUUGGCUCAGGGGCCUACGCAUGUGCACACUGCAGGGGAUGGAGGGGGAUGAGUGUCACCCUUUCAGCCACAAGGUGCCUUUUCCUGGGAAGAGACAACACCACACUUGCCCUUGUCUUCCUCAUUUGGUUUGCACUAGAUAUGCAGACAGCAGAUACAGGUGUACCAACGAUUUCAAAAACAUAGACUUUUGA